UUGCACGGGAUUUCCAGCUAAUUACAAACGGGAAACCAAGAGUCAGACUAACAUCAGACUAAAAAUAACAUCCUCCUUCCGCCAAGCAAUGUAGUUCGUCAGCACUAGCAAACAAAGUUGUUGCUAAGCGACAAGAAAGUGCCUCAGUAAGGGUGCCGGUUUGGGUCUUGCGCAUUGAUAUUGAAAUUAAUUAUCAGGUGUGAGAUACUUUAAAUUAUACGGUUUCAAAGGCGUGUCAACCAAUCAGCGCUGAGCACCGGGACUGUAGAUGAGCAAAGUAGUAACGUAUUUGAUAGAUAGCUAGCUUGUACAGCAGUGGCUAGACGAUCUACAGUGGAUCGAUUUGAUUUACCUGAACGCUAAAGCUAACUCUGUUAGACUCUUGUUUACCCUCUGACAGCUGGAGUCGAGUUGCCUCCCUUUUAUAAGUGACAUUUCUUUAAUGAUGACAGAGAUUUCGCGGGGACGCGUUGAUGGGAAACAUCUUGUAUCACACACGCAGUGCUGCAUGUGCAGUGCAUGGCGGCUAUCUAAACCGAGCCUGUGUUUACGGUGAUUGGUCAGAAACGGGAUCACAGCCAGGUAACCGAAGUUAGCAAUAGGUCAGCCCAUGUUGACUCUUCCUCCAGGAAGCCUGACUUGACUCACAGGGACUGCGGUGCUCAUUUAAGCAGUCAUGAGCCCUCCACGCCGAACAUCGAGUUCCCAUGGUGACAGGCCCUCCACUGAGACCUUGCAGAAGAACAACAGCAGCAACUCAGGCGUUAUUCUGGACAUCUCAGCACUCAAGAUGGCGGAGGUGGAUACGGAGGUGCCUCCUCUUCCACCUCGCUAUCGCUUCAGGGACUUGCUGCUGGGGGACCAGACAUUCCAGAAUGAUGACAGGGUGCAGGUGGAGUUUUAUGUGAACGAAAACACCUUUAAGGAGAGGCUGAAGCUUUUCUUCAUCAAAAACCAAAGGUCAAGCCUGAGAAUCCGUUUGUUCAACUUCUCACUGAAGAUCCUCACCUGUGCCCUCUACAUAGUGAGAGUCAGCUUGGAUAACCCCAAGGCGGUCAACAGCAGCCCACAUGCAACGUGUCGGAACAACAGUUGGACUAAUACAACGGAGUCGGCAGAAAUCAACUGGGAGUUGAUUUUCUGGGUCAACAGACGGGUUCCUGUAUGGGCUAUACAGGUGACUGUGGCCUUAAUCAGUUUCUUGGAGACCAUGCUUAUCACCUAUCUCAGCUAUAAGGGGAACAUUUGGGAGCAGAUUUUCCAGAUGUCCUUCAUAUUGGAGAUGAUCAACACGGUGCCAUUUAUAAUCACAAUCUUCUGGCCUCCACUGAGAAACAUAUUCGUCCCCGUAUUUCUUAACUGCUGGCUAGCCAAAGGUGCCCUGGAGAAUAUGAUUAAUGACUUCCAUCGUGCCAUACAGAGGACACACUCUGCCAUGUUCAACCAGGUGUUCAUCCUCAUCUGCACCUUACUGUGUCUGGUUUUCACUGGAGCUUGUGGGAUCCAGCAUCUAGAGAGAGCAGGAAAGCAACUGUCACUGUUUGACUCAUUCUAUUUCUGCAUCGUCACGUUCUCCACUGUGGGCUAUGGGGACGUCACGCCACAAAUCUGGCCCUCCCAGCUGCUGGUGGUCAUUCUCAUCUGUGUUGCCCUGGUGGUGCUCCCAUUGCAGUUUGAAGAACUAGCUUACCUGUGGAUGGAGAGCCAGAAGCUAGGAGGGAACUACAGCCGCCACCGGGCACAGACAGAGAAGCAUGUGGUGUUGUGUGUCAGCUCACUGAAGAUUGACCUGCUGAUGGAUUUCCUCAACGAGUUCUAUGCUCAUCCCAGACUACAGGACUACUAUGUGGUGAUCCUGUGUCCAACUGAGAUAGAUAUUCAGGUUCGCCGUAUCCUCCAAAUCCCUCUGUGGUCCCAGAGGGUCAUCUACCUUCAAGGAUCUGCCCUCAAAGAUCAGGACCUGAUGAGGGCCAAGAUGGAUGACGCAGAGGCCUGCUUCAUCCUCAGCAGCAGGAACGAGGUCGACCGAACUGCUGCUGAUCACCAGACUAUUUUGAGGGCUUGGGCUGCAAAAGAUUUUGCACCAAAUUGCCCUCUCUAUGUCCAAAUUCUCAAACCAGAAAAUAAAUUCCAUGUUAAGUUUGCAGAUCAUGUCGUGUGUGAAGAGGAGUUUAAAUAUGCCAUGUUGGCGCUGAACUGUGUGUGUCCAGCCACGUCUACCUUAGUCACGCUCCUGGUUCACACCUCCAGAGGACAGGAGGGACAGAUGUCCCCUGAGCAGUGGCAGAGGAUGUAUGGACGCUGCUCUGGAAACGAGGUCUAUCACAUCCGCCUGUGUGACAGCAAAUUUUUUGGAGAAUAUGAUGGCAAAAGUUUUACGUACGCCUCCUUCCACGCCCAUAAGAAGUACGGUGUGUGUUUGAUCGGGGUGAAGAGGGAGGACAACAAGAGCAUCCUCCUGAACCCCGGGCCCCGGCACAUCAUGGCUGCCACUGACACCUGCUACUACAUCAACAUCACCAAGGAGGAGAACUCAGCCUUCAUCUUCAAACAGGAGGAGAAGCACAACAAGGGCCUGCCCGUCACCGGCCUCUACGACGCCCCCUCGAGGCUGCCCGUGCACAGCAUCAUCGCCAGCAUGGUUGAUCAGGCCACUUCAUUUGGCACCGUAGCCAUAGAUCUGCAGAACCCCGAUCCUCCAGAAGAAAGCAGCAAACUGACCUUGCCGACGGAGAACGGCGCUGGAAGCCGCAGGCCAAGCAUCGCACCUGUCCUAGAGAUCGCAGACUCCUCCGCCAUUCUGCCCUGCGACCUUCUCAGCGAUCAAUCAGAGGAUGAGACCAACCAAUCGGAUGAGGAGGGCUCUGUAGGGUCAGAUUUUGUGAAGGGCUACCCUCCCAACUCGCCCUACAUCGGCAGCUCUCCAACUCUGUGCCACCUCCUGCCACAGAAAGCCCCAUUCUGCUGCCUUCGCCUCGACAAGGGCUGUAGCCAUAGCAGCUUUGAGGAUGCCAAGGCAUACGGCUUCAAGAAUAAGCUGAUUAUAGUGUCUGCGGAGACGGCGGGAAACGGUCUGUACAACUUCAUCGUCCCUCUGCGUGCUUACUAUCGACCGAGGAAGGAGCUCAACCCGAUCGUCCUGCUGCUAGACUACCCGCCAGACAACCACUUCUUAGAGGCCAUUUGCUGCUUUCCAAUGGUUUACUUCAUGGCUGGCACCAUCGAUAACUUGGACAACCUUCUCCAGUGUGGUAUAAUCUACGCUGACAAUUUGGUGGUCGUGGACAAGGAGAGCACCAUGAGCGCUGAGGAGGACUACAUGGCAGACGCCAAGACCAUCGUCAACGUCCAGACCAUGUUCAGGUUGUUCCCCAGCCUCAGCAUCAUCACCGAGCUCACACACCCGUCCAACAUGAGGUUCAUGCAGUUCAGGGCCAAGGACUGCUACUCACUCGCUCUCUCCAAACUGGAGAAGAUAGAGCGUGAUAAGGGAUCCAACUUGGCCUUCAUGUUCCGGCUGCCGUUCGCUGCAGGCAGAGUGUUCAGCAUCAGCAUGUUGGAUACACUGCUUUACCAGUCGUUUGUUAAGGACUAUAUGAUCGCGAUUGCGAGGCUUCUUCUCGGUCUGGACACCACGCCUGGCUCUGGGUACCUGUGUGCUAUGAAGAUAACCGAGGAAGACCUGUGGAUCAGGACCUAUGGCAGACUCUUCCAGAAGCUUUGUUCCUCGAGCGCUGAGAUCCCCAUCGGGAUCUACCGCACCGAGUCGCACAUGUUCUCAAACACAGAGUGCAAGGACAGUUAUGCACAGUCUCAGGUGUCCAUCAACGUGGAGCAGGGCGUCGAGCAACGCGAGCGCGGGGAGUCCUGGAAGGAGAAGACGGCCCACAGAAACUCCACCACGAGCGACCAGUCGGAGCACCCGCUGCUGAGGAAGAAGAGCAUGCAGUGGGCGCGGCGGCUGAGCAGGAAGAGCACCAAACCGUCUAGCAGAGCAGAGCGCAUCUCACAGCAGAGACUCAACCUGUACCGACGCUCUGAGCGACAGGAGCUGUCUGAGCUGGUGAAGAAUCGCAUGAAGCACCUGGGCCUGCCCACCGUGGGAUACGAGGAUGUUUCUAAUCUCACUGCGAGCGAUGUCAUGAAUCGAGUAAAUCUAGGAUAUUUGCAAGACGAGAUGAACGACCACCAGAACACGCUGUCCUACGUCCUCAUCAAUCCUCCCCCUGACACCAUGCUGGAGCUCAACGACAUUGUGUACAUUAUUCGGUCUGACCCACUGGCACACAUGCCCGAGGACUCGCAGGUGGGGCAGGCUCACACUACGAGGAACCAGCAGGAGUUUGGCACAGAGUCGAGGAACGAGACUCACCUCUGAAACCCCUGCGGUCCUCAACACCCUGACCCUUAACGUCUAAGCUCCGCCUGGACCGACAGACCUUGUUUGUCUUGCAGAUGAAAGCUUGUCUCCGGCCAAGAACAGCAGUCCAUAGUGAAUGUGCAUUACAUGUCUCUCAGCCUGAGAAAAAAAAAAUCAACAUUUUAGAAAACGGCCCAGAGAAAGAGCCGCUGUUUCCCACUUAGCUGCUACAGGAGGAUGCAUGAAGAGUGCCUCGACCCAGACUCCCCCCCCACCUCACACACCUACAGUACUAACACACAUCACCUUUGAAAAACAAUCUGAAAGCGAGAACCAGGCACUGGAAACGCCCCCUCCGCCCAACCAAAGGACUGGUAGAGACGACUGCAGAAAGUCAAAGCAGGUUUUUGUGCGCGUACUGUAAAGGAUAUCAAAUCAUCACUUCACUCAGGGGUGACGUUGCCCUAGUGCCGCAAAUCAGGUGGACCUCCUCUGCGCCUGUUGCUACCUAAACUCUAAAGGACUGAAUCUCUGGGGCAACUGCACCCUCCUCCACAUAUUAACAAUCACAUUUUGUACGAGUAAAUGCUAGGAAUUUCUAGCUAUUCAAACGUUUAUCAUGAAAUUACAGUACAUGUGCACUUUUAUUUAUUUCUUACAAAUGACUGUUUGGUUUUUGUCUCUUUCUAAUCAGGCAGGAUUUUAAUUUUCUUUAUGAGCACAAACUUUUUUACGACAAACUGUCAUUGUGAAUAUACACACUGUAGUGGCACUUUUAUCGGCCGUACUAAAAUAAUCAGCAUUUCUCUUUGUUGUGUUGUUCUAGAAACUGAUUUUUCAUUGUGGCUAUUGUUAUUGUGUGAAUAUUGUUAAUUUAUUUCGCUAUUUUAACUGUUCCAGAUCAUGUCUGCCGUCAUGGAUGUGCCAUUCUUUUGUUUACUCUGCUGCUCUGUAAAUAUCUUCAAAAUGAUUUUUUAGAUUAUGUGCCAUUUUGCAUCUGAUUGGUGAUAUCAGUGCUUUUUUUUUUUUUUUUUUUUACUUUAGAGCCAGACAGGUUUUAUCGUCAUUUUAGUUCAAACAUUUCAUUUCAGAAAUGCCAAAAAAAAGAAAAAUCAGUAAAUGAAGACUAAAAUGAAUAUAAAAGAUUAAAAAGUGACAGGGGUCAAAAUCAAUCCAAUUACUGUGCAUACUUCAAGUAAUGUCUGUAAUAAUUCAGAAGGAGUUAUUUUAGUUCUGAAUUCGGAAGUGUUGUAGUUUGCAAUCUUAUAAGUUAUUUUCCUAAACCUGUUUUAUUUACUUGUUUAUAGUAUUUAUUUGUAGUUGUUUAUUAGUAGUUUAUUUUUCACUGUAACAUGUCGGUCCUUGUCCAACAUGUCCAUGUCGUUGGAUUGACACCACUCUCAUGUCAAGCAGAUAUUGGCAGAUAGAUCAUUAUCAAGUUGCUUAGACUCAAAUAUCAGUAUUGUCAUUUGGAACAAACUUGAGCACAAAAUGGAGUGCUCUCCUCUAAUUGUACAGGCCACACCUUGUGUAUAAGGCAGCGUCAGUGUGCAGUAUUUACUCUUGAGUUGUCAUUCUUCUGCAGUAUGUUUAGUUCAGUCACUGUAAAUAGUAACUUUUCAUGUUCAUUGUUUGCGUUUCCACCACAAGAACUUUGCCUGGGGAUUAGGAAACUCUUAGGAAAUCCUUCAGUGUGUUUCCAUCACAGGGUUGAGGGUCUAAAUAAAGUUCUGGGGACAUUAUUUUAUCCCCCAGAAAGUCCCUGCUGGGGGGGAUACUUGCCAAAAAAAAUAUGGGAACUUUGGGGGCAGGGCUUGCAGUGCUGAACAUUCCUGGUCAAGUAAUCACAGCAGUUUAUUUUGGAAACUGUAGAAGAAAACAUACGACUGAUGAUCAUCAGGAACUUUUUAGCUCCUUGAAAACUACUUCCUGUGAAUAAAAGUUCUGAGUACUUUGGGUGGGAACGCAGCUGUUUGCCAAUUUGUUCUUUCGUUUCAGUCUCUUCUGUGUGAUAAAAAUGAAAGAGGACUUGAACUAUUUUUGCACUAAGCUCUGUGGGGAUGUCUAGAGCAUAACAGCAUGACCCUUUAAUCUGAAUCUGUACAUCACGGUUUACAGUAUCCAACCAUUCCUGUGAAGCAAAGACAGUCAUAUGUGCAGUAACAGGUCAUGCAUUUUGUUGUUUUGAUUUGCUACGUCUGAAAAGCUUAUUUCGAUGAGUGCCAUUUUUGUCAAUCAAAGAAUUAUGAAGUGUUUAUGAUAAUGAUAAUCUCUCUGAGAUCAGCAUAAGCUUUUUGAUGUUUAACAGUGUGUGUAAUUUGCAGAGUCCCAUUAAGACAUACUGUUGAUCUUUGCUCAGUUGCCCCUCAGAGGUGUCAGUUUACGGGACAAAGGAGCUGAGGAGUGAAAGUGUGAGGGACCACAAAGGAGGAUACGUAGUGUUCAGAUCCAUUCAUGUAACGUCGUCCUCACCUCUGACAAAUCACACUCCAUGAAGAGUUCACUUCACACCUCCUACUGUCCAUUCUUACAAUACCACAAGGGGCAUGCAAACACUUAAAAAGCAUGUUUUGAUAUACAAGCUUGCCAAGAACCAUAAUUUUGUACAUUUAGCAGGACAUUUAGCGCAAUGUCCUAUGGCUACAGAAACCCAUAAGCAAGUCAACUGCUUGCAAGUUGGAGCCAUUAUUUGAUACUGUGUAUUUAUAUGAAUGGAACAUGCAUGUUGUCUAGGUGUUAUCAAGAGCCUACGUAUUAUGUUUACCUCCACUUUGUUUUUAAACCAUUGUCAAAAAGGAGUUGAUUCAUUUUGUACUAUUUCUUAUGAGAAGUGAGUGUACUUCUCAACAUAUAAAAUCUGAACAAAUAAAUGCUGCAUGCAGCCAGAACA